CAUAAUUGCUUUCCCAGUCGGCGAUUAAAACAGUCAAAAUAUGCGAAAGUUUAAUUAAAACAUACUCGGCUUGAACAACAUACAUUGAACUACAUGCUGUGUGUAUUAUCCAGGUUCUUCGGGCAUAGAUUUCUCGUACGAUUGUAGAUUUUUGGAAGAGUUUCUGAAGAGCUAGGUGGAGAGACGGCAGUGCCUUGUAAACAUAACGAAACCUUAUGGAAAAUCAACUACAUGCCCGAGAUCGGGUCGGCGUUCAGGAUUUUGUCCUUUUAGAGGAUUUCAAAAACCCCAAUGCCUUUGUGGAUAAUUUGCGAAAGCGCUAUCAAGCCGAUCUGAUAUAUACUUAUAUUGGAAACGUGGUCGUUUCUGUAAAUCCCUACAAGAAUUUAACGAUAUAUACAAAUGAAACAAUUGAACAAUACAGAGGCGUUAAUUUGUAUGAACUGCCUCCCCAUGUCUAUGCGAUAUCUGACGCUGCAUAUCACUCGAUGAAAGAGGAACGCCUGGAUCAAUGCGUGCUGAUAUCGGGUGAAUCUGGUUCCGGAAAAACUGAAGCGUCAAAGAAAAUUCUCCAGUACCUUGCUGCGAUUAGCCCGUACUCUUCUGAAGUUGAGCGAGUCAAAGAAUUAUUGAAGUCCAAUCCGCUUCUUGAGGCGUUUGGAAAUGCUAAGACGAACAGAAAUGAUAACUCCAGUCGUUUUGGAAAGUAUAUGGAUAUCCAGUUUGAUUUUAAGGGCUCGCCCAUUGGCGGUCACAUAAUCAACUACCUGCUGGAGAAAUCUCGUGUUGUGCAUCAGUGCAAAGGCGAACAAAACUUCCACAUAUUUUACCAACUCCUCCGUGGAGCUGAUGACAGUGAACUGGAAAGAUUACAGUUGACCCGAGAUCCAGCCAACUACAAGUACUUGAAUCAGGCUGAUAUUUCCGUCAUACGAAACUUGACCGACAGAGGAGGCUUUCAGGUAGUGAAAGAAGCUUUAAAAGUGAUCGACUUCACAAGCGAGGAACAGAACGAUCUGUUUGCCAUCGUCGCUUCCAUCCUUCACGUCGGCAAUAUUGAGUUCAAGAUUGCCAAUGGCGGCGUAGCUCUGAUCGAUAACAAAGACGUGGAGAUCGUUACGAAGUUGCUUGGUUGCCCUGAGGAAGCACUGGAAAAAGCCUUCAGACAUCGUUCCGUUGACGUGAAAGGUGAAAAGGUGAAGACUUUGUUGACGAUGGAACAAGCCGCGUACGCGAGAGAUGCGCUUUCCAAAGGCGUUUACGAAAGGCUGUUCUCGUGGCUUGUGGCUCGUUUGAACACAGCUCUCAAAAGCAAGAAAUAUUUAGGAAAGACAUCCUUGCUUGGUAUUCUGGAUAUAUAUGGCUUUGAGAUUUUCGACGAAAACGGAUUUGAACAAUUUUGCAUCAACUACUGCAAUGAAAAACUCCAACAACUUUUCAUUGAGCUGACUUUGAAAUCGGAACAGGAGGAAUACAUGAGAGAAGGCAUCGAGUGGGAACCAGUGGAGUACUUUAAUAAUAAGAUUAUAUGUGACUUGAUCGAGGAGAAACAUAAAGGAAUAAUUGCAGUUUUGGAUGAAGAAUGUUUAAGACCUGGCGAGGUUUCUGACAUGACAUUUUUAUCAAAAUUGAUCACCACCAUUGGCAACCAUGAACAUUUUGUCUGCCACGAGAUGUCAGAUUAUGAGGGCAGAAAAGACAUAGGACGCGAGGAGUUCCGGUUGAAACAUUAUGCUGGGGAUGUAACCUAUAGUGUUUUAGGUUUUAUUGACAAGAAUAACGAUCCUCUCUACAGAGACUUGAAAGAGGCGAUGUCACUCAGUAAGAACACGAUUACAUCCAGUGCCUUUCCUCAGAGUGAAAUGGCGUGUAAGAAACGUCCUGGAACGGCGGCAACUCAGUUUAAAACAAGUCUGAACAAUCUCAUGGGGAUUUUACUAUCAAAACAACCUUCAUACGUUCGUUGUAUUAAACCGAACGACUCUAAACGAUCAGCUGCAUUCGACGAGAAGUUAAUUCAUCAUCAAGUUAAGUAUUUGGGUCUGAUGGAGAACCUUCGAGUGAGAAGAGCUGGUUUCGCUUAUAGAAGAAACCAUAAAGUUUUUCUUCAAAGGUACAAAGCCCUGUGUCCUGAUACUUGGCCUAUUUGGGAUGGAAAACCUGAGGAUGGCGUAUUAAAGUUAUGCGAACAUUUGGGCUAUAAACAAGACGAAUAUAAGAUGGGAAGGACGAAGAUCUUCAUCCGAAAUCCUCAGACACUGUUUGCCACAGAGGACCUCUUCCAAAACAAAAAACACUAUCUAGCGACUGUGAUCCAGACGCGAUACCGUGGUUACAGCGCGAAGAAAAAUUACCAGAUCAUCAGAAUGGCGGUCACUGUCAUCGCUGCUCACUGGCGCAGAUUGUGUGCUCAGAGACUCAGAGAAAGACGAAAGCGAGCGGCUGCGGCUAUCAGAAAGUUUAUCAAAGGUUUUAUGACGCGUAAUGAACCUGCAAAUGAAGAGAAUGCCUGGUUCAUAUGUUGCACGAGAAAGUGGUAUCUUGUAGAACUGGCUAAGAACCUUCCAAAGAAUGUGUUGGACAAAUCCUGGCACCCUCCACCACCGCCAGCUGUCAAAGAGGCAUCAGAAUUGCUUCAUGUCUUGCACACUCGUGCAAUGGUUAGGAAAUAUGUCCGCGGUCUAUCAGCCGAGAGAAAGGCACAGCUUACAAUGAAAUUGGCCGCUAGUGAUUUAUUCAAAGGAAAUAAAACGUGCUACGAAGAGAGUGUUUCUGAACCGUUCAAAUAUAGCAGAUUGGACUCAAGUCAAGAGGCGAUGAAAAAGAGUGCUUUUGAUCAUCUUAUCAAUGCUGAAGAAACAAAGUAUUGUAUCGGUGUGGUGAAAUACGAUCGCCAUGGUUACAAGCCAAGAUCACGUGUGCUCAUCGUCAGCAAUCAGGCAACAUACUUGCUGGAACCAUCGAAUUUCAAAGUUAAAGAAAAGGUUUUGCAUUCCGAGUUAAUAGGAAUAUCUGUGAGUUCUUUGGGCGAUAAUAUUUUUAUACUUCACACAACUUGUGAACAGAAAGGCGAUAAGGGCGAUUGGAUUCUAACGAGUUCGAAGAUAAUUGAAACGGUCACACAGAUCUCUCUAACGGCCGGUAAAAAAGACAAAAUUCAUAUUGAACAGUCAAGUAUCACGCAUUCAUUACCCAAGGAGAAAAAGGGCACAAUAACAUUCGCUAAAGGUGAACAACUGUUUAUCGCAAAAGGAAAGACUGGAAAUUUAGAAGUGGUUGUGCCAUCUUGAAUUUUCUAAGGAUUCCGUAUAUAAAAUAUAGAAUUUGUCAGAGUUUUGCUUAUAUGUGAUGAAUCAUCUGCUCAGCACAUUCUAUGAUUGCAUCUAUCAUUGUUUAAUCUUAUAAGAGACACUGCAAAGCAGACUUCCGUCACUUAUCAGCUUUUAAUGCUGCUUAUUAUUAUUAUAAAACAUAUACAAUUGUUUUUCAUAUCACAAGAGUGUAUUUUUAGGAAUUA